UUCAUUUUGAGGUUGUCAUUUUCGUACGAGUUGAAUAAUGGAUAUUUUCAUAAUAAAUUGGCAUUAAUGGCUUCAUCCGUUCAUAAUAACAGGUUGUCUUCCCCAAGAUCUUUUGGGUGUUGCAGGACUUGCAACAUGUGGUGUUGGAGAGCUUUUAAGUGGCUCCCUGUAAUUUUGGUGGUGUCGAUCAUAACUUGGUCUUACUAUGCCUACGUUAUCCAAUUGUGCAUUUUUACACUUGAGAGUACCGUUCAAAAAACUAUAUAUCUCCUAGUUUAUCACAUUCUUCUGAUAAUGUUUUGCUGGUCGUAUUGGCGGACGAUUUUUGCUGAUAUCAAACAGAUUCCCGAAAAAUACAAAUUACCUCCUGAAGAUUUGGAGAAAUUGCUCAGUGCUGAAUCAGAAGAUGCUCAAAGGACAUUCUUGGAUAAUUUUGCCAAAGAUCUACCUAUAGUUACUCGAACAAUGUCUGGGUCGGUGCGUUACUGCAACCGUUGUGUGCUGGUGAAGCCGGACCGAGCGCACCAUUGCAGCAUAUGUGCCCGUUGCGUUCUCAAGAUGGAUCACCACUGCCCGUGGGUCAACAACUGUGUCUGCUUCCACAAUUACAAGUUCUUCAUGCUCUUCCUCGGUUAUGCUCUCAUCUACUGUCUAUUCAUCAUGUUAACGUGCCUGCCUUACUUCAUUAAGUUCUGGAAGAUGUAUCAGAAAUACAAGCAUGCCCACUGCGAUCGUUUGAUUGAGAAUGGCACAUAUACUAAACCUUGCAUGGACAUGAUUACCGGCGACUUCGGUACAUCGGCUAGCUCUGGUCGUUACCAUGUGGUGUUUGCGUUCUUCGUGGCCCUCAUGUUUGCGACCACGCUUGGCUCGCUCUUCGGAUAUCAUUGCUACCUAGUAGCACAUAAUAGGACUACGUUGGAAGCGUUCCGAGCCCCCAUGUUCCGAGGGGGUACUGACAAGAACGGCUUCUCUAUUGGUGCUUUCAACAAUUUCAAAGAGGUAUUCGGGAAUAGCCCGAAUCUUUGGAUGUUGCCUGUCUUCACAAGCAACGGCGACGGGUGCGAAUUCCCCGUGCGCCGCGAACACCAGCUGCAGACGUUCGCGCCGCAAGACGCCCAUGGCUACGAGUCAAUGGGCACAACUCGCUCCAGCUAUGGAGACGGGAUCGUAUAUCCCCUGCCUCGGCCUGACGAAGACACGGAGUCGCUCCUGAGCUCAGAGCGUUGGGAGCGCUGGGGAGAGCGCGCGCGGCCCUUCGACGAACGCGAGAGUUCAUCAUACGACGAACUGUGAGCGCUGCCAACAUCGGCAACGAAGGUUACGAAUUAUCGAAAACACUAACAUCAUGUCUUUUUAGCUUUUUAUAUGCUUCUUUCGUCAUAAUUGACUAAUUACAUGGAAUGGAUUGGAUUAUGUCAGGUGUACAUAUUUCAUCUACUUUUAGAAUGUUCUAGAUCAGUCAUUGAUGUUGAUGUAAUUUAGAUUUAAGUGACUAAAUUAAAGCUAGCUAAGCUUAUUUACGGUAUUUCUAUGACCUGAUAUCUAUCAUCUUAAAUUAUAUGUUGCAAAAUUGCCAUAAGACAUUGAAUCUGUGUUUUCAGAUAUAAUUGCCCUUCUAAACAUAGUUUUAUAUCUAAAGUACAAGAUAAUGAAGUAGGUACAAGUCUUUUCAAAUAUCUCUUUACGCCCUCUAUGCCUAAAAUUGUGUUCUUUAAAGCGACAAGUGCGAUUUUCUGAGACAGAUAUAUAUCUAUGACAACUACUGUAAUACAUAAGGCUUCACAUUCAUCUUUUCGUGGAAAAUCGUAUUAAAAAUAUGUAUUUAAAAAAUUUUUAUGGAACAUUAUUUUUCCCGAAAUUUAAUUGUAUUCAUAUAAGAAUUUUUCCAUGAAUAGAAGUAAAUUUUAUGUGUCUAGAAGAAAGGUAUAAUUGCUUUUGCUUCUAUUUCUAAAUUUUUCUUAGUUUAGAUAUUUUCUAUAAAUUACAAAGCAAAUGUAAAACUACAAAGGUACUGCGUUUGCAAAUUUUUUUGAUACUUAAAUUUAUAAAAAAUAAAUUAGUGUAACAGUCUCUUUAAGAUGCUAUUAAUAUAAUAAAAUAUAAGUCUAAAAUAAUAACAUUAUGUAUGUAAAAAUCUUUCGUCUGCCGUGACACUUGACUCUAUCUCUUAUCCCUUUCAUUCUCUUUGAAAGAAACAGAGACACCUAUAUAUGUGAUCAAGUGUCAUCGCAGAGAAAUUUUAUUCUAAGAUUGUCUUAAAUAUUGACUCUAAAUUCCAAAUUUCUAUAUUCCAUAUUUUAUUUUAGAAACUAAUUUUAUAUAUUAUUAGUAGCGAGUAUGUAAA